GCAAUUUGACCAUGCAAGACGAAGCCACUGCCAGCGAUCAAAACCAACACAGCAACAACAACAACAACUGCAUUUGUGAACUAAGCCUUGGGCUGGAGUACACUGAUGAUGAUAUUGAUUGCUUGGAAGCGUUACUCCUCGCCCACCUACAAUUGUCGCUGCGUACCAGUGGCCAAGAUGUUGGCGUCCAAAUGGUUGGCGGCGGGGUCGCCAAUGGCGGUCAUCUGCUUGGUCUUAUUGCAUUCGCACGUAAAAUUGCACGUGUGCUCCUCUCGCUCUCGUUGCUUUGCGGCAUUCUACUACUAAGCGUCUAUCUGGGCAGUCACAGUAAUGAUGGCGCCGAUGUCAAUCCAUAUUCAAUCACAAGCACAAACGAUGACGGGUCUCUCGUUAUGACCAGCAUCAUCAUCAGCAACUCUGCGCCAAUCGCAGCAUUCUCACAGAACAAUCCUCAUCCAGCAGAAUCAAAUCCAAUCUAGUUGACGAAUAUACGUAUUUAUAUAUAUACACUUUA